AUGGAAUCCCCCGGGGACGAGCUGCGCAGCGACCACCUGAUGCUGGACGACGACGACGAAGAGGUCGCGAACGCGGCCAGACAGUCGGCGGGCAUCGGCGUGCAGCGGCUGCGCAGACUGCGAGGCCGGCGCGGCUUCUUCCACUCGGACUCGGACGUGCGCAGCUUCCGGUACAGGUCCAGCGGCGGCAUCUUGCAGCGCAUCACGCUGCGGAGACGCAAGAAGCGGGAGGAGGAGCACGACGUGUUCUGGACGGCCAUCGGCGUGCUCACGCUGCUGAGCUUCGCGCUCAUGAGCUGCAUCACCAUCUACCUCACGCAGUCGGACUUCUUCGAGUCGCACCAGAACGACCUGUUCGGCACGACGGUGGACAACCGCUUCACGGUCGUGGCGCAGGACAAGGCGCAGAUUUUCCUCAAGAGCGGUUACUCGAACACGGUGUACUCGGAAGGGAUGAUCACCUUUGACGACGGCGAGCUGAGGAUAGGACGUCGCGCGGUGGAGUCGGAGGAGUCCAAGAGUUUCUUCGGCGUAGCGUUCUUUCCAAAUGGAACGUCGUCGUUUACGCAUAGAGUGAACUCCCCAAUGGUCGAGGCUGAUUACUUGAGUGCCAGGAAGGGUGUUGUAUUUGAUGAUGGUACUAUGAUGACUACAGCUGCGAACAGUUCUGGUGGUGUGAAGGAGCAGGGUGAUCUCAAUCUCGUAUCGCGGUCUGGAGCUGUCGUCACGAGCGCUGGAGGAAAGUCUCUACUCUUUGUUGAUCCAGCUGGCACUGUUACAGUGGCCAACACCAAGUCAGAGCAUCCUACAUCGUCGGGUAUCACGUUGGAUGGCACGCAUGGAGUUGUUAGCAUCGGCAGUGGCUUGAGGAUAAAGCACGACCAAAACGCGUCUAGCUUGUCAACGUCCCGACCUCUGAACCUUGACACGAACACACUUUUCGUCGGUUCUUCCUCAAGCGAGAAAGUACGAAUCUCGGUUCCUGAAGCAGUUGGUGGCAGCAGCAGCAUCGACGAAGAGGAUGGUGCACGAGCGCUGGAAGCAGAAGAAGUCAAGAGCAUUACUCUGGAAGUUGUCGGGCAGACGUCGUCGACACAAAAAGAAGGUGGCGAUGUGCGAAUUGUGGGCGGCAACGGGUUGGAUAUUGGUGGUGACGUAACACUGAUUGGAGGUCAAGCUACCGAUUCGGAAUCGAGUUACGGAACUGUGGCAAUCAAUGCCGGACUCCAUCAGGCGGCCUCGUCGUUUACAGAGAUCGGCACGCACAGCGCGACCCAUGAGGUUAACAUCCACGGGCUGGUCUCGUUUAACCAUAAGGCUGGCAGUGUGAACGAUACUACGCAGGUUAAAGUUGGGGGAGGCCGGUUUAAUGUGUCAUCACAGCGCAUCACACUCGAUAACCGAGCGACCAGCUUAUCCGAGCUGCAUAUCAACUCGAACGAAGUCCUACUGGGUGCGUCUUCGCCAUCCGUUCAAGUAGGCGGAGCUGGAUUCUCGACGGUAAAAGUUGAGGGUACUAGUACCUCACUCGAUGCUACCAAAAAGGUAGCUGUCGGUGGCAGUGCUCCGUCGGUUGUUAUCGGCGAUGUUGAUGCCUCUAAACAAGUGGUCAAGGUGGCGUCAUCGGUAGUUCAAAUCGAUGCCUCGCGUUCGGUGGCCAUUAACUCGCACAAUACCCAAGCCGUCACGACCAUAUCGGGACGCGUACACUUUAACGGCUCCUCCACUAAAGACUCGCUACUGUCUAUUACAGACGUUGCCGUCAGAGCCAACCCUCCCAAAUUUCGCGUGGGGCCCAAAGGAAAAACGGAAAUUGCAUCCAUCGAGGCGACGCAUGUGACUAUCGGAGGACCUGGUGCGAAUGCGACUGUUCUUCCGCCCAGUGAAAGCAAACUGGAACUAUUUAGCUCCAGCAUCACCGUCGGCUCUGAAGCGUCGGAGGUCUCAUUGACAGGGAAGUCCGUGGUAGUGGAUGCAAUGGAAACGCUAGUUGUCGGUGAACAAGCAGACGAGGUUAAUAUCGGUGGCGAGGAGGUCGGCAAGGUCAAUCUGCAGGGCGAAGCUGUGUCGUUAUCCGGUGCAGGUACAAUUAACGGUUCAUCGCUCUCCGUGCACUCGUCCGAAAUCAAUAUUGGUGGUAAGUCCACGAGUGACAUCACGGUCGGCGCACCAGGAGCGAGUCUAGAUAUUGGUUCCAAAGCCAAGGAUUUGACUAUCGGCGUGGGAAGCUCAACCAUCGAUAUCGGCUCCGACGAUAGCGUGGUCAACCUGUACGGAAGUAUCACCGUGAACGGCAAGUCACUGGACAGCCGCCGUCUCGCUGCGGAAAACGACGCAUGGAACGGGAUGAGAAGUAAGCGUUAUGGCUACCUCAACGCCGGUCGCGUUAGUGUGUUGGUCACGCCGACAAAGCCGCUGACAACGUUUGCUCUUCAUUGGGAAAACGGGUUUUCGUCGGAGCCCGAAGAAUUCCAAGUCGACACGAGCAGAGAACGAAUGCUUUCGAUUUUGCCGACAUCCAAUGGCGGUAAAGCCGAUGCAAGACAUCUUCAGAUCUCACUACAGAUUUCCAGCGUGGUGCUCGCUCUCCAGAGUGAGAAUGCAGCGGCUAACACACAACCAAACAAGAUUCGUUGCCGUGUUUAUCGUCAUCGUGCGGAGUUGCCGGGUGUAGUCGCAUUGGAAGUGAGUGCUGCUGUUGAGCACUGCUUUGGAGUAGCAUGCGAAGACGGAAUUUUCCUUGGGCUACAAGGGCAGCGGAUUGUUCCGUACAGUCCAGGCGAUGCGUUUUCCACUCAGUGCUCGCUAGCAUCUAAUGUGGCAGGGGAGCUGGUGCUCAAGGACGCUCAGUACUCUUUUGCAGAGCAAUAA